UGUGUUGUUUUGUUUGCUCUGUUCAUACUCUCAUCUGAACCCAACAGACUCUUGAGCGUGCAUCUCACUCUGCUGCCCAUGAGGGGGAGCCCAUCUAAUUUCAGUUACGAACAAACAGGAUGCUCUCUCGUCUGUCGCCAACGGCACAACAAAACAGAUAAGCAACAGCUUGUCUGGAUGAGAUUCUUGGUGUCCACUCCUCUCUUCAUCAACCAAUUGCUUCAGCCUCUCCCAUAUAAAAUACAGGUACAGCCCCAAGGCUUCACCACCAACAGCCUACAAUUCUCUCCCAUUACUACCAUACACAAGAAAACAUCACCAAACCUUCAGUCCUCAACAAUGGCUUGCCAUCUACGGUCGGCGAGCACGCCCUCAAGCCCUCGCUCCAACAGCACACAAGUCGAGCAGCAGCUCCAGAGCCUCAGCUCAACCGUCUCUUCGCCCUCGGCGACCAUCGAUACCAUGUGCCAUGGUUUGAGGAGGCUGGCAGACAUCUACGGCGGCAUCGAGAAGAUGAUCUGCACACCAAGCAGCCAAGCCAGCCUUUGCCACACCCUGCAAAGGGUGGCAGUGGAGGCAGAGCUCGGACGGUCCCUCGUCGUGCUCGACCUCUGCAACGCCAUGCAGGAGACCUUCAUGGAAUUGAAGAUGACUGUCCAAGAGCUAUUGUUGGUUCUCAAGAGAGGAGAAGAGACGUCGGCUCAAGUCAAGGCGUACGUCAGGCUAGCCAAGAAAGCACAAAAGCAGUUCAAGAAGAUUAGCAAGAAGACUGCUUCCGACAAGAAUGAUUCUAGGAUGGUGAUGCUAAUGGCAGAAGCGAGAGAGAUCACCAUCUCACUGCUCGAAUCCACAUCCUCAAUCUUGUCGAAGCAAAUUGAGGUACCCAAGUGUUCGCUUGUCUCCAAAACAUUGCACAAGAGCAAAGCUGUCUGCGAAGAGGAGCAACUGCGGGCAUUAGAGCGCAGUAUCGGAGAUCUUGAGAGCGGAGUGGAGCUUCUGUACAGGAGAUUGAUCCAGAACAGAGUUUCUCUUCUCAACGCUCUUAGUUUGUAGAUACCUUGAGCUCUAGUUCC